ACGGUUGCCUGGUGUCAUUAGCAAGAGGCAAGCAUGGCGGUAGCGCGAGCCGACGGGGCUCUGGCUCCGGGAGAAGGAUCAGUGGUGAACUGGUCAGGGCAGGGACUACAGAAAUUAGGGCCCAACAUGCCCUUUGACCCUAAUGUCCACACAUUGAUUCUGGAUAAAAAUCAGAUUAUUAAACUGGAAAAUCUAGAGAAAUGCAAACAGUUAAUACAGUUGUCAGUAGCUAAUAAUCGGCUGGUUCGGAUGAUGGGCGUGGCCAAACUGACUCAACUUCGGGUAUUAAAUUUACCUCAUAAUAGUAUUGGCUGCAUGGAAGGGCUGAAGGACCUAGUCCAUUUGGAAUGGCUGAAUUUAGCAGGAAAUAAUCUGAAGACCAUGGAGCAAAUCAACAGCUGCACAGCUCUACAGCACCUUGACCUGUCAGACAAUAACAUAUCCCAGAUAGGUGAUCUGUCAAAGCUGAUGUCUUUGAAGACCCUGCUUUUACAUGGGAACAUCAUCACCUCUCUUAGAAUGGCACCUGCGUAUCUACCCAGAAGUCUUUCUAUAUUGUCUCUGGCAGAAAAUGAAAUCCGAGACUUAAAUGAGAUCUCGUUUUUGGCCUCUUUAAGUGAAUUGGAGCAGUUGUCAAUCAUGAACAAUCCUUGUGUGAUGGCAACACCGUCCAUUCCAGGGUUUGACUAUCGGCCGUACAUCGUCAGCUGGUGCUUAAAUCUCAGAGUACUAGAUGGAUACGUGAUUUCUCAGAAGGAAAGUUUGAAAGCUGAAUGGCUCUACAGUCAAGGCAAGGGGCGGGCAUAUCGGCCUGGCCAGCACAUCCAGCUUGCGCAGUACCUGGCUACUGUCUGUUCUCUUACUUCUGCACUGGGUCUUCAAACUGCAGAGGAUGCCAAACUAGAGAAGAUUCUGAGUAAACAGAGGUUUCACCAGAGGCAGUUGAUGAACCAAAGCCAAAGUGAAGAGUUGUCUCCUCUUGCUCCUGUUGAAACAAGGGUACCCCUUACACCUGAGCGCUCCAGCCCUGUUCAAGACUUCCAGGAAAGCGAACCUGUUCUCCAAAUCAAUUCUUGGGUUGGGAUAAGCAGUAAUGAUGAUCAGUUAUAUGCUGUGAAGAAUAACUUCCCAGCGUCGGCACACCCUACAAGAUAUGCUCGGAAUGACCUUCACCUGGAAGACAUACAGACAGAUGAGGACAAACUAAACUGUAGUCUGCUCUCUUCAGAGUCCACUUUUAUGCCGGUUGCAUCAGGGCUGUCUCCAGUGUCACCCACUGUUGAGCUGAGGCUGCAGGGCAUCAACUUGGGUCUAGAAGAUGAUGAUGAUUUUGCAGAUGAAUCCAUGAAAAGGCUGGAAAACCAGGACAAGGAAAAGCCUUUAUGGGAUACAAAUGAGAGUUCUGUUCAAAUGCUGAAAAGUAAGAUGAGUAAGGAAGUAGAUGAGAAUUCUGGGCUGUUGAAGGAGGAUAAGCAUGGUCUUACAUCUUUCCCGGAGGCAGUUGAACAUAGUGUGUCCCGCAUAGACCCAAACGGUGAAGAAACCAUGUCUCCUACCACUUCAGAGAAAUCUCCCUGCAGGGUUUUUACCCAGAGAUCUGCUGCUUUGGGACAAGAUAAAGUCACUCUUCAGAAACGGAAUGCAGCUGCCACUAAGCUUCAGGCCUGUUGGCGGGGCUUUUAUACCAGGAACUACAAUCCACAAGCCAAAGGGGUACGCUAUGAAAUCCGGCUGCGUAGAAUGCAGGAGCACAUUGUCUGCCUGACAGAUGAAGUAAGGAGAUUAAGAAAAGAAAGAGAUGAAGAACGUGUAAAAACUUUUGUACAAGAAGAGGCUGUCAGAUUCCUUUGGAAUGAGGUAAGAUCUCUACAAGCUUGGCAGCAGACAGUGGAGCAGCGUCUGAUUUCCUGGCAUACUGAUGUGCCUCCUAUAUCAAGUACUCUGGUGUCACCUAAACCUCCAUUAUUCCCACAACGUCAAGGCCCCUCUUCUGAUCAGAGUUCUGAUUGGUUCAUUGCUGAGGAUGAAGCUCCUCAAGAGAAAUCUCUUCCGGAAUUUCCAGACUCUGGUUUUCAUUCCUCCCUAACAGAUCAAGUUCGAUGUUUGAAGGAUUCUUUGGAUUUUGAAAGUUCCAUAGAAAGCAGCGAAAGCUCCAUGUUGGGGAAUUCCAUGGACACAGUGAAACACGGCAGAGACCCCAGCUCAGAGGCCAUGAUUGAGGAGCAUGGUUGCUGUAGUAAGGAAAGCUCCAACAGUGAGCAGGAUAACACGCUGCUCGAACAGUAUUUAACUUCAGUCCAGCAGCUAGAUGACGCCGAACAGAGGACAGACUCUGACGAGGUGGCAGGAGACAGUAUGUGCCAGGUAGCCUGUUCUCAGGACCAUGUGGCAGGAGACAGUAUCUUAGAUGCCUCAUCUCAUAGUGAGGCUCACAGAGUAUCUCCCAUUUUACAGGAUGGGAUUAGCCAGACACCAGAGAAAUGUGAGUUAAGUGCAGACGUUCAAGGGCAGUCCCCGGAAUGUGAUGCUACAUUUCAGGUGUUGCAUGUGGGUGUCAUUGUGUAGCAGUGACAGAAACUCACUUGGAUUUCUUAAUGUUUUCAGUUGUUUCUUUUCUUUUGCAAAGGAGCAAUCCUUCCCCCAUUUUGUUAUUGUUUAUAUGAAACUUGUAUUCUUGCCCCCAUAUUUUUCAGAUUUGAGAUAUUGAGCUAAGUCUUCGUUUUGAUUGUACUAAUGUACUAAAAAUAUUGAUAUUAAAAGGCAUAUGCACUUUAUUUCUUAAUAAUGACACCAACAAUGUUUCUUUUACAUAUUUCCUUUCAAAAACAGUUUCUUGAAGUAGUUUUGGCAAUUUUAACAGGAGAAGUUG